AUGCCGACCCUCGCAUUGAUCAAUUUCAACAUUGUCUGUGCGACGCUUGGAGGCUUUGUCUCUCUCUUCGGGCUGGUCUCCUACCUGUGCAAAGAGCGAUUUUAUCUCUCUGAAGCUUUGAUUUCGUUACUUGCGGGAGUUGCUUUCUCACCCCAUGCGGCUAAUUUUAUAAGACCUGAUGACUAUGCUCUGCACUCGCAAGAAAACUUGGACGCCAUCACCUUGCAUUUCACCCGCUUGGUUCUCGGUGUGCAACUGGUCCUAGCUGGGGUGCAGUUGCCCAAGCGCUACCUUCAGAUCGAAUGGCAAAGCUUAUCACUGCUGCUGGGCCCGGGUAUGGUUGCCAUGUGGAUGUGCAGCAGCCUGAUUGUUUGGGCUAUGAUUCCGAAUUUCAAGUUCCUCCAUGCCCUGGUUGUAGGCGCCUGUGUGACGCCUACAGACCCCGUCUUGUCCAAUUCAAUUGUCAAGGGUAAAUUUGCUGACAAGCAUGUUCCCCGUCCGCUACAGCAUAUCAUCGUGGCCGAGUCGGGUGCUAAUGAUGGUCUCGGAUACCCUUUCCUGUUCUUUGGCAUUUACCUGUUGAAAUAUCUAGGCAUGAAUGGCGAGGGAUAUAGUGGCGGCGCAGGAAAGGCUAUGGAAUUGUGGUUCUAUGAGACUUGGGUGUACACCAUCAUCCUAAGUGUUGUUUAUGGCAUCGUCACUGGCUGGAUUUCAAGGAAGCUGCUUCACUGGGCCGAGGAAAAGCACUACGUUGACCGGGAAAGCUUUCUGGUUUUUGCAAUUGCUCUUGCACUCUUCAUCGUGGGAACCUGCGGUCUUAUUGGGACUGACGACCUCCUUGCAUGCUUCGUCGCUGGAAAUGUUUUCACACAGGAUGACUGGUUCCGGCUCGAGACCAUGGACGACUCGCUCCAACCUACUAUCGAUAUGCUACUCAACUUAGCUGUCUUUAUGUGGUUUGGUGCAGUUUGUCCUUGGUCAUCCUUCUUGGACAACAACAUCAUCCCUAUUUACCGCCUGAUAUUCCUGGGGGUUCUCAUUCUCAUCGUUCGCCGGUUGCCAGCUGUGCUUGCGAUGCACAAGUACAUCCAUCAGAUUGAGCAAUUUAGACAGGCUUGUUUUGUUGGAUUCUUUGGCCCCAUUGGCGUUGGAGCAAUUUUCUAUCUUUCGAUCAGUCGGGAGUUUCUAUUUGAGAUCACAGUCGAUAACAAAGUCAGAGAGGAUGCUCAAGAAGUUGCGGACGCUGCCAACAUUGUGGUGUGGUUCUUGGUCAUCUGCAGCAUUGUCGUGCAUGGACUGUCUGUACCAAUUGGUAAGGCCGGCUACCAUCUGCCGCGAACUAUCUCGAGUUUCAUCAGCACAAGCAUCAAUGAACCCGAACCAGUGCCCAUUUCGAACUCACUCCAUACCCACAGCACUGCGAUGCCUUUUUCUAGUCAUAGCUUCCGGAAUCGCAAGCGUGGCAAGCGCUCGACCAUGCCAAAUCUACCGUCGUUCCGUAUCGGUCGCUCAGCCGUUCCUCCCGCGAACGAGCAACAGCCUGGUUCUGAGCAUACUGAUGAGCCAGAUCGGCCUGUCAAUCUAGCUGUCCAUGAAUUUCCCGCAUCCCCGGCACUUUCAAAUGAAGAAUUCGGGGUCCCGAAUGGUUUUGAGGCUCGUGCUACCUGA